AUGGUGGAUUUGACGGGUUUAACCAAAAAUUCUACAAAUGUAAUUAGCAAUGUAAGUGACAAAGUUGAUAAUGUUAAUAAUUCGACUGAUAGCAAUAAAGUCGAUAAUGGUAACGAAGUUGACAAUGGUGACAAAGUUGAUAAUGGUAAAAAAGUUGAGGAUGUAAAUGUUGAUAAUAUUAUCAAAACUGAUAAUGUCAAAUCUGAUAAUGUCAAAGCAGACAAUGUCAAAUCUGAUGAUGUCAAGACCGAUAAUAUCAAAUCUGAUGAUGUUAAGAUAGACAAGACCGAUAAUGUCAAGACUGAUAAUAUCAAGACCGAUAAUGUCAAGACCGAUAAUGUCAAGAAUGAUAAUAUCAAGACCGAUAAUGUCAAGACCGAUAAUGUCAAGAAUGAUAAUAUCAAGACCGAUAAUGUCAAGACCGAUAAUGUCAAGACCGAUAAUAUCAAGACCGAUAAUGUCAAGACUGAUAAUAUCAAGACCGAUAAUGUCAAGACUGAUAAUAUCAAGACCGAUAAUGUCAAGACUGAUAAUAUCAAGACCAAUAAUGUUAAGACCGAUAAUGUUAAGACCGAUAAUGUCAAGACCGAUAAUGUCAAGACCGAUAAUGUCAAGACCGAUAAUGUCAAGACCGAUAAUGUCAAGACUGAUAAUAUCAAGACCGAUAAUGUCAAGACUGAUAAUAUCAAGACCAAUAAUGUUAAGACCGAUAAUGUCAAGACUGAUAAUAUCAAGACCGAUAAUGUUAAGAUCGAUAAUGUCAAGACCGAUAAUGUCAAGACCAAUAAUACCGAUAAUGUCAAAGUCAAUGAUGUUAUUCCCAAAGAUGCCAAAAUCGAUAACGUUGUCAAAACUGAUAAUAUUGUAGAUAAUGUUAAAACCGAUAAGACUGACAAUAAUGGCACAGCUAAAGAGGUUAAUAAUACUAAAGUUGAUAACACGGUUAAUAGCGUAACCAGUCCAGUAAGUGACACGCUUAAGACGGUUCAUAACGUAACCAAACCAAUUAACGAAACUGUUGCAAAUGUAUCUAAUAUAAUACCAGAUACAUCUAAGGCUAUUAAUAACACGAUUGAUAAUGCAAACCCAGUCAGUGAUACGGUUCAUAACGUAACCAAACCAAUUAAUGAAACUGUUACAAAUGUACCUGAUAUAAUACCAGAUACAUCUAAGGUUAUUAAUAACACGGUUGAUAAAGCAAGCCCAGUCAGUGAUACGGUUCAUAACGUAACCAAACCAAUUAAUGAAACUGUUGCAAAUGUACCUAAUAUAAUAUCAAAUACAUCUAAGGUUAUUGAUAACACGGUUGAUAAAGUAAGCCCAGUCAAUGACACGCUACCCAAUACAAUCAACAGCGUUAAUAAUUCAAUUAAUAAAACAAUCGACAAUGUUAAUAAUACAGUCAACAACGCUAAUCCAGUCAACAACGUUGUUAACAACGUCGAUAAUACAGUCAACAACGUCGAUAAUAAAGUCAACAACGUUGAUAAUACAGUCAAUAACGUUGUUAACAAUGUUGAUAAUACGGUCAAUAACGUCGAUAAUACAGUCAAUAACGUCGAUAAUACAGUCAAUAACGUCGAUAAUACAGUCAACAACGUCGAUAAUACAGUCAACAACGUUGAUAAUACAGUCAACAACAUUGAUAAUAACGUUGAUAAUACAGUCAACAACGUUGUUAACAACGUCGAUAAUAAAGUCAACAACGUCGAUAAUACAGUCAACAACGUUGAUAACACAGUCAACAACGUUGUUAACAACGUCGAUAAUACGGUCAAUAACGUUGAUAAUACAGUCAACAACGUCGAUAAUACAGUCAACAACGUCGAUAAUACAGUCAACAACGUUGUUAACAACGUCGAUAAUACGGUCAAUAACGUUGAUAAUACAGUCAACAACGUCGAUAAUACAGUCAACAACGUCGAUAAUACAGUCAACAACGUUGAUAACACAGUCAACAACGUUGUUAACAACGUCGAUAAUACGGUCAAUAACGUCGAUAAUACGGUCAACAACGUCGAUAAUACAGUCAACAACGUUGAGAAUAACGUCGAUAAUACAGUCAACAACGUCGAUAAUACAGUCAACAACGUUGUUAACAACAUCGAUAAUACAGUCAACAACGUUGAUAAUACAGUCAACAACGUUGUUAACAACGUCGAUAAUACAGUCAACAACGUUGAUAAUACAGUCAACAACGUUGAUAAUCCAAUCAACGAUGUUAAUAAUACAGUCAACAAUGUUAAUCCAGUUAAUAAUGUUAAUAAUACAAUCGAUAAUGUA